AUGGCUCGAGAUGGGAUAUUACAGCACAGCCUAGUUCAAACCAGUAGGUCAAGAGGUUUUGGAAACGUGUACCUCAAUAGGGUGAAGGAUGCUACUCCACAUCUCACUCCAGAUGCUACUCCACCUACACAGCUAGCUAAAGAGUUGAAGGAAUUAAAGGAACGGUUGAAGGAAUUGCUAGCUAAAGGUUUCGUCAGGCCAAGUGUUUCACCUUGGAGUGCACCAGUGCUAUUGGUGAAGAAGAAAGAUGGCUCCAAGAGAAUAUGCAUUGACUACAGGAAAUUGCACAAGGAUGGAAGAGUGAUCGCCUAUGCUCCGCGUCAGCUGAAGCCCCAUGAGAAGAACUAUCCAGUGCAUGAUUUGGCGUUAACAUCUACUGUGCAGGCGCCCAAGAUUUUGAGGCAUUAUUUAUAUGGCAUGUAUUGUGAG